ACAUGACCUAGCCGGGGCUUUCAACCCACCAAAUCAGUCUGACCCAAGCCUGUCCAAACUUCCUCCCGCAAAACCUCGUCCGCGAAACAAAGCCCUACGACAACACAUACCAACAAAUCCCGACCUCUCAAAUCCGCCAUCAUGGGUAAAGUUCACGGUUCUUUGGCGCGUGCCGGAAAGGUCCGAUCUCAGACUCCUAAGGUCGAGCCUCAAGAGAAGCCCAAGGUCCCCAAGGGCCGCGCUAAGAAGAGACUCCAAUACACCCGACGAUUCGUAAACGUUACCUUGACUGGUGGAAAGCGCAAGAUGAACCCCAACCCUGGCUCAUAAACGCCCUGCUUCCUUCAACGAUACGUGGGAACAGUCGAAACGAUGCUCUAAAGUGAGAAGAUGAAGGACGAACGGUUUCCGAGGUGAAUCUCGGAGCGCCGAGAUUUCUGCUACAAAGAAAUGUCUACCCGCUCGGUUCCGUGCUGGGCAAAGAUUCGAUAAUGAGAUCAUGGUGGUGGACACGUUCGCAACUUUCUUUAGGAGUCAAACGGUUGCAUUACUCAGCUUGGUAUUUACCAAGCAUACCUGGUCUGUACCUUCGCGCAUUGUGCCUGACAGGGCAAUCAUAGCAAACAAGCAUCAUAUUGUCUGGCACUUGAUAUCGCGAUCUUUAUUGUGAUAUGAAUAAUUUGGUUCUGUCUGUAAACCAAGCACCAUGGCCAGGCUGCCGUGUCAUCUUGCCUCUAGGUUCUCUAAGUCCCUCGUUUCUGCUUCUUGUUCGAGUUACAAAACCGAACCAGGUGGUUACGUUUCAUCAGUCACUUCCGAAGGUACAGGUAGCGAUAUAAUCGUAGUUCUUAGUAUAACCAACAGGUAGUAGUGCCCUAUAUAUGCAUCGAGACAGCUUUCGGGAUUGGAUCAACCGCAAUUAUUCGAUGUGCUCUUUUCUUCUUCGACACUCAUAUACGUCUCGUUCUCCCAAGCGGUGAAUAACUUUAUCAAUAACUAAUCGUUUUACUCGCAGCGGAACAUAUCGACAGUCAGUCAUAACCACUUCCCAAUACAGUGUGCCU